GCGCAGCUUCUACUAGUGAUUCCGAACAAUUCGCUUGUGUCAUUUGGAAAUUGGAAAACGUUAUGAACUCUUAAUGCCCGUUUAUUGAGGAGAACACGACGCUGCCUUGUCGGCCAUGUUAAACAGAAAAUAUUGAUCGUUUCUGACAGUUUUAAAGAGUCCCCUCAUUACACAAGGCCACUGGCCCAAGAGUUUCAUUAAGCGGUUACAAUAUCACUGGAUUUAUCAUUUAGGAAAACAUGAUGUUUUAAAGAACAAUAGGGAAACAACAACAAAAUUGGCCAGUGCAAAGCGAUGGAAAACACCCAGCACGUUAAUUACAGCCAACUGAACAGAACGCUUGAUUCCGAGGACAUCUUCGAGUUCUUUCAAAGUCCAAACGUUCCCGAGGGACUGCACUGGGCCGCUUAUGUUCUACAUGAAUACUGCAUCCCCGUCCUUUUCUCGCUGGGGGUGUGUUUCAACAUCAUCAUCAUUAUCAGCUUCCUGUCAACAGAGUUGAACCGAGUUUCUCCGUGUCUCUAUUUUGUUGCUUUGGCCUUUGUGGAUAUCACCUACUUGGUUCAGAUGAUGGUCCCCUGGGCCUCCAGCAGAUUGUAUAAUAUUUACGCCGUGGCGGGAAUCUGUCAGUUAACUUAUUACUUUCACUACCUUAGUACCUUCAUGGAGUGGUGGCUAAUUGUAUUAAUGAUGGUUGAGCGUACUCUAGUACUCCUGAAUCGGAAAAAGGCCAAAGUGCUAUGUAGUUCCUUUCGCACAAAAUGCACUAUUAUAUCAAUGUGUGUUUUCUCCGUUGUUUCCCAUUUGUAUUUAACGUGGACCAGUGCGGUAAUCAAAAUUCGAAAUGUCGACAACUGCAUCAUUAUUCCUGAAAACGUCAAGAACAUAUUCUUAUUAAGGAAAAUAGAUGUCUUUUUCUCAUUCAUUGUACCGUCAUCGUGUAUAUUUUGCAUGUUAACAGUAUGCCUCGUAAAACUGUUCGACAAACUUCGAAGUCGGGGCACGCGCCCUUCUCAGCAUCAAAGUAGCAGACGUUCGAAUUCGAGCAGACGACCGAGCACCCUGGUUCCGGAAGAUCAAGGAGUAAUAAAGCUGAAAAAAUUUAACCCAAGAGUAUUCAUGAAAAGCAACCGCCUGACGGUGACGUGCUGUACCCUAGCGGCCAUUUUUCUUAUUUUGUGUGUGCCUUUUGACUCCCUCAGAACCAAACUCACCUUCGAGGACCAGCCAGAUUAUUUGGAUAGAAAAUGGCUGGAUGUUCUGAACGUUUUCUCGGCCUUCAACUACACGUUCAAAGCCGUGUUCUAUUUCGUUGCCAUGAGAGAAUUUCGUCAGACAAUCUGGAUUUUGUUGAAGAAAAUAACUUCUUAUUGUCGGAAUACUAAAAUCAUCCUGAAAUUCCAUCCUAUGUGACCUAACUAUUUGUACAUACAUAAAAAGGAAGUAGACAUUUGUCUACAUUGAAUAAAGCUUGUAUGAUAUAUGUGUAAAAAACAUUUUUCUUUUUUAAUCUUAUAGGCCUACAGUUUGACACUGUGGACGUCGUUUUAUGGAUGUUUUAUAAGAAGGAAUGGGCUUUUUUGUUUUGUUGUUCGUGUUUAUGUUGUUUGAUUUUUUUUUUUAAAUUUUUUUUGGGGGAGGGGGUGUUUUGUAUAUGUGUGUGUUUGUCUUCACUUUUUAAGAAUGUUUUAUUUUUUAUUUGUUUUUUUUUUAUUUUUUGGCAAUGCUGAGUAUAUAAUUAUAUUCAUAUAUCUAAACAGUCAUGCAUUUUACGACAACUCUUCCAUAAAAAACCACCACAAAAUAGCACUGGAUACAAAUAUUUUAACAAUUUUGGUGACAAGUGCUUAAAAAUUAAUUAAAACAUCUUAGAAGAAGUCAUGCGUUUUUCUAAAUCAGUAAUUCACAAACUAGUACAGAACUGUACUUGCAUCUAUACUUUGUAAGACUUCCAAAUGGU